UCAAAUAUUAAUCAAGUAAAACUAUUUGCAUAAAUAUAAUUUUCUAAAAUAUUUUUAAUACUUGAGCGUUUUAAUGAAAAACUUUAUCAAAUAUAAAUAAUUUGAUUUUUGAUUUUUUUUUGAAGACAUAAAUAAUAACUUAUCGUACUGGUUUGGUUUAAACAAUAAAUAUUCAUACAAAAUUAUACCGCAUAUGCGGACAAAACACCUACUUAUCAUGUUUAAUACAUGAUUUAAUAUUAUUUUUUUACUGUCAUAUGUCACAGUUAUGUUACUUAGCAAUAUUUUACUUUGGUUUAUUAUUUUUAAAAUAGAAAAUGACUAUAAAAAUAAAAUAUAUAUUUAUAAAAACAUUUUUUAAUUAUUUUGGUUUAAGAUUUUUUUAAAAAUAUUAUUAAAUAACUACACUUAUAAGGAGGAAAUAAUUAUUUAUUUUGGAUUAAUAUUUUUCUAAAAAAAGAAAUUAUUAUUAAAUAGAAAAAUUAUCAUUAACUAUAAAUGUUUAAUAUGUGUUUCAAAAAAAUAUAUAUAUAUAUAUAUAUAAAUGUUUAAUAAGAAUUUUUUCAAGGCAUGUCACAAUCUUAAAAAAGGUUAUUAACAUAUAUAUGUCUUUCAUCAUCGUAAUUGUUAACUUUUAAAAACUAAAGCUUUAUAUAACAAGAAAAACUCAUGUAGGGUUUGGUUUCCUAGUCUUCAACUGUUAUAUUCAAUAUACGUAAAGAUUCUGAGGCGCAAGGCAUAAAAGAGAGAGACAGAAAAAAACUAGUACCAGAUUGAAAUAAUGACGAAAAUCUCCGAUCUUCCGGUAAAUUUGGUAGAGGAGAUUCUCUCAAAGGUUCCCUUGAAAUAUAUGAGAGCAGUGCGAUUAACUUGCAAAGAGUGGGACACUUUAUCCAAGAGUCGAAGCUUUUCAAAGAUGCACAUUGAUAAAAUAAGCGCAGGCGAGUCUAUGAUGGUCGUUGUGUUGAUGCGUUACAAUCUAUAUCUCAUGAAUGUUGUUCUCGUCGUUAAUGAAGAUCCACUUAUAGAGUGUAAAGGUCAACUUACUUGCCUAGACAAACAAAAUUAUAAGAUAUCUCAUGUUUUCCACUGCGACGGUUUAUUGUUAUGCGUCUUGAAAGAUGAUUAUACCAAAGUCAUCGUUUGGAAUCCGUAUUGGGGUCAAACAAGGUCGAUAGAAUGUAGAUAUUCUGUCGGACCAAACAGAUGGUUCUGGUUCAGUUACGCUCUAGGGUACGAGGACAAAGGUGGCUCAUCUUGUCGCGCCUACAAGUUCUUGAGGUUUAUAGAUCAGUUUGUUGGCUAUGAAGACAACUUCAUAUGGUACGAGAUUUACGAUUUCGAGUCUAGUUCAUGGAAGACUCUUGAUGUUAUAACUCCACACUGGCGUAUAAACCUUUAUGAGCGUGGCGUGUCUCUCAAGGGAAAUACUUACUGGCUUGCUUCACCAAGGAACACAUACGAAGGGCUUGACAAUCACAUAAUCUGUUUCGAUUUUACAAGUGAGAGUUUUGGUCCUCUUCUGCGUCUGCCGUUUGACGCUGGUGAUGAUGCCACUGUGACUUUAUCAUGUGUUAGAGAAGAGAAGCUUGCGGUUUUAUUCACUCACUACGAAUUAGAAGGUCCACUGGAGUUUGAGAUAUGGAUUAGUACUAAGAUUGAGGCCGAAAAGGUGUCGUGGAGCAAGUUCUUGAGAGUGGUGGACGCGGAAUUUGAGCCUCUGAUUUCAUAUGAUUGUUUCUUCAUUGACGAGGAGAAGAAAGUCGCCAUGAGUUUUGAAGAUGCCUACCCCACAAAAUUUAACAUUGUUGGAGAGGCUGGAUACUUUAAGAAGCUUGAACUCGAAGAACGUUUAGGCAGAGACAUAAAGUGGAUGCAACAUGCGUGCUCUUAUGUUCGAAGCCUAGCUGAUAUCAAGCAACCUGCUGCUGCUGGAGGUAAAAGGAAACAACAAAGCGAGUUGGAAAAGCAACGAUAUGAUCAAAACAUGGCGAGACUUGCUGCACUUAAAAAGCUUAGCAGGGCUUGGCAACAGGAGAAUAAAGGAGAUAACAUACGUUUUCACUUUUUAUGUUUUGUUAUUCUUAUUAGAGACCAUAAACUUAUCUUACUAUUUAACAUUUUUUCAAUGUUUGUUUCACUUUAAUUGUGAUAUUAAGUAGAAUGAAGUAACACAAAUCAUGAUUUAAUUAUUUUUUGGUCU